AUGCCUGAUCAGGACAAAAAGCUGAAGAGCACAGAGAAAGGCAAAAAACCUCCUGAGACCUCCAUGAGGGAUUAUUCUGAUCUUAAAAGACUUCAGUCUCUCUUAAACGCUCAGUCAAGAAACCAACAGCUUCCAGCCAUACAUUUUGAGACUGGUCAAACCAGUGUGAGAAGAGCUUGGCAAAAUGUCAGAAGCAGUGAACAAAAACCCCAUGGUCAAUGGCAAGAAUCAACAGAAGCUGUUGAGCUUGAAAACUUCAGUGUGACCUACAAGAAUGAGAGGAAUUUUAGCAAACAUCCCAAACACAAGUUGUUUCAAGAGAUUUUUACAGCUCUAAUUAAGAACAGGCUUUCCUGCAGGGAGUGGGUUAAUCAAGCUCCAUCCAUCCAUUUUCUUCGAGUAUUAAUCUGCCUGAGAUUAUUUAUAAGGGAUCCAUGGUAUCAGGAAAUGCUGCAUUGCUUGCGUGGCAUUGAAAAUCUAGCUCAGUAUAUGGAAACAAUAGCAAAUGUCUAUCUUGAUUAUGGAGAAGAGCAGCAUAAUGUAGACCAGUUGGUCAACAUGACAUACAUUUUCCAGAAGCUUGCUGCUGUUAAAGAUCAAAGAAAAUGGGUUAUAGCAAGUGGAGCACAUAAAACCUUAGUACAUCUGUUAUCUGCCAGAGACAGCAGUGUGCUUUUGCGUUCCCUCCUUGCUCUGACUAGCUUAGCAGAAAGUCCAGAAUGUAGGGAGAAGAUAAGUGAGCUCACCAUUGUUGCGAACUUGCUGGUGAUAUUACAUGAAUACGAUUUGCUUUCUAAAAGACUCACAGCAGAGUUGCUGCGUCUCCUCUGUGCAGAAUCACCAGUCAAAGAGCAAGUAAAAAUGUAUGAAGGAGUUCCAGUCUUGCUCAGUUUACUCCAUUCUGAUCAUAUCAAACUUCUCUGGAGUGUAGUUUGGAUUCUGGUCCAGGUUUGUGAAGAUCCUGAGACUAGUGUGGAAAUCCGGAUUUGGGGUGGAAUAAAGCAGCUCCUUCACAUACUGCAGGGGGAAAGAAAUCUUGUUUCUGAUCGCUCUUCGGUUGGAAGUUUAUCUAGUGCGAAUGCAGCAGGAAGGAUCCACCUUCAUUUGUCAGAUGAUUUGGGUCCUGAUGAGAUGCAAGAAAAUACUUUGUCACUUCAAGCAG